UCAAGACUCAUGGACUUUGAGCUGGCAAUAGGGACAACACAAACCUGUUCUCUAAUUUCCCCCGUAAUUAUCGUCCUCCUUGUUUGUAACUUCAAUAUUGUAGCUAACGAUAAAUACCAAAGCAUAAUAAGGACAAAUUAAAUAUGCAAAUUAUAAGAACAACACACACCUCACAAACAUUGCAUCAAGUUAAGCUCAGUUGAGAAGGGAUAAAAAGAGACUCUACCAAACAGUUAGAACAUCACAAUACAAAAGAAAUGGUAAUGAUGAAAGAGAAUAUUAUUGAAGUGAGGCUUGGAAGGAGCCAAAUGUCUAUGGUAGAAGGUGAGUUCCAAGGAACAUGGGGUGUCAAGAGACGACAAAGAGAGGUUGCUGCAGCAGCAAGCAGCGGUGAUGAUAACCACCACCAGCAGUUACCACAGCAAGAAGUUGGUGAAAAUUCUUCAAUCAGCACAACAAAGAGAAGCUCAAGACUUCGCGGUGUUAACAGACAUAGAUGGACGGGUCGGUAUGAAGCUCACUAGUGGGACAAACUCUCUUGGAACAUAACACAGAAGAAGAAAGGGAAGCAAGUUUACCUUGGUGAGUAGCUUCAUUAUGAGAACCAAGAUUUUGGUUAAUCAUGUAUAACAUGAUGAUAAGAUGUUAUUUUUUAAAUAUUGCUGGGGCUUAUGAUGAAGAAGAAUCUGCUACACUUAAGUAUUGGGGAAAUUCAACUUUCACCAAUUUUCCAGUAAGAUGAUAGUAAUUACCUAUGAUUAAUAUGAAAUGACAGACUAUAUUUUUGUUAUUAGCAUCUUACAGCUGCAGAUGGAUAGAUAGAGAUACCUUCCCUCAUAAUGAUGGCUUUCCCAUGUUAGGUACCUUUCUUUCUUCUAGAGACCCUGCACACUACAAAAGACCCUUCUCACUCAGUUCACGUUUCUCACUUUUUUUGUGCCUGCAGCAGCAUUUACCUAAUAAAUGCUGAACCUUCAAGAGGGUUCUCCUUCUGGACCAAGUAGGAAUUUCUAGCUUUUUUUGCCACAAAAUGGUUGGUCUCAUUUUCAUGGGGGUGUUUCAGAUCUGAGUCUUUAGUCUUUGUCACAAUAAUGGGUACUGAAAAAGAUCUAUAAAGUUAGUGUCUUUAGUCUUUUGUAUGUAUGUGUAUAUAAGGCUAUAUGUGUGCUUGUAGUGAGUGGUUUUUGUGUGGAAGUGUGAAUCUGUGUGGAAAUGGCUCCAAGCUUUGAUUUUUCCAAUAGGUGGAUGAAGGAGACUCAGAAGAGUACCCCAGUUGUGGUGACAAUGGAGAACCCCACUUUCUCGGUUGUGGAGAUUAAUGGUGUUGAUGCUGCAUUCAGGCCAGUGGAGAAAACCCGCAGCAAGAAUGCUAAGCAAGUCACAUGGUUCUUGUUUCUCAAGGCUUACCAUGCUAUUGGUUGUGUAACUUGGUUUGCCACAGUUUUGUGGUCUUUGAUGGGAGCUAAAAGGAAGAGGUUGAUUGAUAGGGAGGGUGUGACCUUGGAGAGUGAGAAAAUGGAAAAGGGGAAGGUGCUGUUUACGGUCAUCAAGGUGUUCCUUGUGAGUUCUUUGGUGGUUCUGGUGUUUGAGGUGGUGGCUUAUUUGCAAGGUUGGCAUUUUGGGAAUCCCAGUUUGCACAUUCCUCGUGCCGCAGAUUUGGAAGGCUUGAUGCACUUGGUUUAUGUUGCUUGGCUGAGGUUCCGUGGCGAGUACAUUGCUCCACCAAUGCAGGCACUUUCAAAGUUUUGUAUUGUUCUGUUUCUUAUACAGUCAGUGGACCGUAUGGUGCUUUGCUUUGGGUGCUUUUGGAUAAAGUACAAGCGGAUUAAGCCUAAGAUUGAUGGGGAUGCCCUCAAGGUUGAUGAUAUUGAAGGAUCUGCGUGUAGCCAUCCAAUGGUUCUGGUUCAGAUUCCCAUGUGUAAUGAGAGGGAGGUAUGACCUCACACUUUUGUUUCUUCUUCACCCUUAAAUGGUAAAUUAAGUUGUGGCUAUUA